GCAGUUGCUGUUAGUAUUGUCAGCAGCCGGUGUAGCGUCGCCAACAAGCCAGAACUUACAAAAGCAUAACUUAAAUAUAUAUUUUGUGUAUGAUAAUGGCGAACCCGGUAAAAGACUGUAAGCAGCUGCAGCCGCGAGCAAUUUUCGGCAUCAAUGGCAAAGUGGAGAAUGGAGUUCGUCAGCAUCCCGUUACACAAGCUGCAAUUUUUCCAUUGGGCAACAAAAUAGCCAUUGCCGAUUUUAACAAGAACACACAAGAGUUUGUUGCCGGUCACACAAACAGCAUCUCCUGCCUGGAUGUCAGCAAGAGCGGCAAGUACAUCGCCUCUGGUCAGAUCAACCAUAUGGGCUUUCGUGGCUACGUCAUCGUAUGGGAUUAUGAGUCACGCAAAGAGCUUGGACGACACGAUCUGCACAAGGUGAAGGUGCAGGCCAUUUGCUUUACGGCCGAGGAACGCUUUGUUAUAUCCAUUGGAGGCAAGGACGACGGCUCCGUCAUUGUGUUCGAUGUGCAAACAUUCUCGCCCAUUUGCCGACAGGCUGCCUCGCGUGCUAUUUCAGGUAAUGCACUAACCGUCCGUCCGAUGCAUAACAAUCCUUUCUUCUUCCUCACUGCCGGUGAUCGUCAUCUGCGACUGUGGAGCAUUGUGCGUGAGCAGAAAAAGCUUUAUGUUCAAGACGUCCAUUUGGCCAGCAAAUCCCGCACGUUUUAUUGUGCCCGAAUAGAUAAGAAAGACGAGUUCGCGUACCUGGGCACUGGCACAGGUGAUAUUAUUAAGAUCGUACUCAACUGCUGCGACAGGGACAAUGUGACCCGGCCGGGUACAUCAAGUGGCAUUCUAGGUGCCUUUGGCACCCACAAUCCACGCAAGCCCACGGGUCGCGAUUGCAAUCGCUAUGUGAACGGCGUCCGCGCCCUUUAUGUGCUGGAGGGUGGGCGUCUGCUAAUUGGCGCUGGCAAUGGUGAUGUGGAGCUGGUCGAGGAGCGCACCGAUGUGCCAUUAGUAAACUUCCGAGAUUAUCCAGGACCCACCUGGCCCUACUUGCGCGUGGUUAAGAAAACUCGGGUCUCGGGUCGUGUCUCGUCCUUUGUGCGCAGCACGCCAGAGAAGUUCUAUAUCUGCACGGACACGAAUGAGAUUUACAUGCUGAAUAUACAAUCCUGGGUUUUGAAGCUGAUGCGCACGUGUCAUGCCAAGGCAGUCUACUUUAUAACAUUUCCCAAAAACUAUGCAGCUGUUUUUGCCACUGCGGGUCAUGAGAGCAUACGCAUCUGGUCCUCAAAUCGCAAGCAGGAGCUGCUGCGCAUCAUGGUGUAUAAUUUCAACUGUGCUGCUGUGCGCUUCUCUCAGGACGGAACCAGCAUUGUGUCCGUAUGGAACGACGGAAUCAUACGCGCCUUUACGCCCAUUACUGGACGCCUUAUCUAUGCCAUACCGAAUGCUCAUAAUAAGGGUUGCAGUGCCUUGGCCAUUGCAUCAACUGGCCGCUUUAUUGUCACGGGCGGCAUCGAGGGUCAGGUGCGCGUGUGGAAGAUCGAGCCGUAUCGCCAAAACUUAGUGGGCGUGCUGAAGGAUCAUUCGGGGCCUAUUACCUCACUGGACAUCAACUAUCUGGAUACGGAAGUAAUUUCCGCUUGCACAGAUGGCUCCUGCGUCAUUUGGGACAUCAGUCGGAUGACCCGCAAGCAGGUGGUCACUGCCAACACGCAGUUCAUGUCCGUCCUUUAUUUUCCCACCGGAGUGCAAAUACUCACCUGCGGCUCCGACGGCAGAAUCAUCUAUUGGAUGGUCUACAAUGGCGCACUGAUACGCGAGCUAACCGCCUCGAAGAAAUCUUCUGUGAACUGUCUUUCCAUGAAUGCCACCGGGGACUAUUUCGUUAGCGUUGGCAGUGAUCUGCAAGUGAAGUUGUGGGACUAUAAUAGCGGCGAUGUGGUGGGUGUUGGCUCGGAGCAUGCUUCGUCCGUAAUUAGUGCUGCAUACAGUCCAUGUGGGAAGAAUUUCGUGACAGGCAGUACGGACGGGUCACUUAUCAUUUGGGAUGUGCCCGAGGAUUAUUGGGGCAUGCCCAAUCCCCCGGACGGACCCAGCUACCAACUGCCCAAGGCGCAGGCCAAGGGCAAAGCCGUUGUUCAGUCACGUGUCGACUCCGGCACUCGCGUCAAACCAAUUCCGGGCGAGAAUAUCAAUGGACUGCUGAAAGCAACGCCCAAGGACGACCUCUGCUGUGUCGAAUGUCCACCAUGCGCAAAGAAGGAUUCUAAGGCCGCUGACCCAAUUGUCGAGUGCAAGAUUGUGCCGGAUGUGAGGAAAUGUUAGAUUUUCUAUUUCCUCCUACAUUUACAUUUGCUUAAAAGAAAUACAGAGAGCAUUUAAGAAAGAAUACGAA